ACCUUCGGUGAAGUCCUUAAUGCCGUGCAACACGCACCCCUGCACAACAAAGUGGAUGAACGGAGACUGGAGUGCGUGUAGCGCAAGCUGCGGCGGCGGUUCACGAACAAGAUCCGUCUUCUGUACCGAGGAGAACGGAAACGAAACCACGAAGCUACCCGAUCACAAGUGUAGCAGCACGCACAAGCCACACAUUCAAGAGACCUGCAAUACCGUGUCCUGUCCGAUGUGGGAAACCGAUAAAUGGAGCGAGUGCUCCGUGACCUGUGGCACCGGAAUACGGACGAGGACGAUCGAAUGCAGAGAUGGUGUUGGUGCCAUCUCCAGGGACUGCGACCUCGCGGAACGUCCUCAUACCGAGCAGGCAUGCAAGACGAACGUCGCAUGUCCCACAUAUGGAGACGGUAUGUCACAACCCCUGAUGCAGCCGUAUCCUCUAUCUCCAAUGUCAGAGAAAUUGAUGGAUCAACCAAUACCUUCCGAAUCAACGUUCAUCGCCGAGGAAUGGUCUCCCUGCAGUGUCACCUGCGGCGAGGGUGUCAGGCACAGAGAGGUGCGUUGCAAGAUAUUCCUCGAGUUCAGCCAAACCAUCGCUAAACUACCGGACAGUCAGUGCUCCGGCCCGAAGCCCGUUGAAACGGAGAAGUGUACGAUGGAACCGUGCGGUUUGCUGGAAAACAGCUUGUCCUACAGGAUCGACACAGUUGGCGAUAGCGGAUACGCCGAAUCGAGCCUAACGGAUUCGUAUAGUAGAUCAUCGUCCGGUAGUUCCGGCGGAAGCGGAUACGACAGCAGUAUCAAGGUCGCCCCGGGUAGCGACGUGCAAACUACGUACUCAUGGAAGGAAACUGGCUAUACUCCCUGCAGCGCGACAUGCUUAGGAGGUGUUCAAGAUCUUAUUAUAAAUUGUGUGCGGGACGAUACCGGGAAAACGGUGAUGCCGCUUUUAUGCUCCGCGGAAACGAAGCCAGAGGCGAGGAUACGAGUCUGUAAUGAUCAUCCAUGUCCUCCAAGGUGGAAUUAUAGCGAAUUCUCCACUUGCAUGAGCCCUUGCGGUAUUGGUAUACAGACACGUGACGUUGCUUGUAUCCACGAGGUGACACCCGGCACCAACAGAGCAGUGACCGUUCCAAAUUACAUGUGUCCGCAACCACCGCCCGCCGAUAGACGAUACUGCAAUGUACUGGAUUGUCCUGUCAAAUGGAGCACAGGGGAAUGGGGGAAGUGUUCGAGAACGUGCGGUGGUGGUGUGAAGAAGCGAGACGUAGUUUGCGAGCAGAUAAUGGCGCAAGGUCGCAAGCAGAGUCGCGAGGAACGCGAAUGCCCGGCUCAAAAGCCAGCCAGCGAAAAACCUUGUAAUACCAGAGCCUGCCACGACUCAGACUUAAGUUCUAACAUGCCACCAACCAUCACGAGUCUGAAUACCACGUACAAUCAAACAGAUAUCAAUGCAAAGGUAGAUUUAAAGAUUGGCGGAAUUGCCAAGAUUUUUCAAGGGACACCUUCUAUUAAAAUUCGCUGUCCCGUUCGAAAGUUUGACAAAGCGCAGAUCGUAUGGACGAAAGAUAACAAGGAAAUACGAAAAUCCAGAAAAUACAAGAUCAGCAGAAAGGGAGCUUUGAAAAUAAUCGAUAUAGUUUCUUCGGACUCGGGAGUCUAUGGUUGUAUUGCGGGAAAUUCGCACGCAGAGACGCAGUUGAUAGUAAAAUUUCGUUCCAAAGAGCAGAUAAGUAGCGAGGAAUAUUUACGACUUGGCAAUUCCGUUCACCUACAACGAAACGCGAAUCUCGAUUCUGCACCAGCAAAUUCUGGCGAAAGUCCAUACACUGAUCAUGCAGCAGCUUAUGGAAACCGUUUUGAUAGUGAGGAUCUUAGCCAUGAACGUGCGUUUCCUAGCAAACCGACGAGAAAACCACAUCAAAAGAAGCAAAAGACCAGUCCCACUCCGUCAGAUGCCACGAUGAUGCAUAAAGAGCAUACUGUUACCUCUCUCAACCAGCCGGGAUAUCACGAGUCCGUGGAAUCACCUGCUCCAUCAAGUGCUUCCACUCUUGUGCCGCACUUAAGCUACUUGAUAUCGAGCUUGAAGGCCUAUUGGCCGUUUCACAGCGAAAUAGCCAGAAGUAAUAAUCGCAGAACCGUUUCUACAUCAUUUGUCAAGGACGAUCAUAAAAGAAUGGCGACAACAAAGCGUAAAAUGUCUAAUAAAGAAGCCGACUUCACGUAUCAAAAUGUAGAGGAUAACUUUGACAAUUUGUAUCGUAACACAGCCAUCCCGGAUGAGACCUUCGGUCCAGAUGAAGAACGGAUAUUUAUCGAUGUCGAUCCGUACGAUUUGGACGAAUCUGUAUUCGGGCUGCAACACGGCGACAAUAUUAAAUCGGAUAUAAUGGAGAAAGUUGAUACCAAGCUUACUACAAAGCCUGACAUCGAUUAUAUCGAAGAAUCAUUAAAAAAUGUUAAACGACAAUGGCAAGAGUCGAAAACCGGAUAUAAAGAUCACUGGAGCACCACGCCCAAAAGUCACGUCCUUCAAAGCAGAGAUACGACAGAAUCUAUCACAUCUUCACAAAACGAUGAAAUGAACGUAUAUUACAUUGAAGAUUCGAGCACAAAAAAGGAAAUGCUCAAGGAAGCAGACAGUUUUACCGAUGAUAGUGAUAAGUCCAUCAAUCACGACAUUUAUGGAAGCUUGAGAACUGAAGCUCCAUCGAAUAUCACCUCCACAAUGAUGUCUAGAAGUCCUGAAGAUCGAUUAAGGAUAUCGGAGUCGGAUCAUCGUAGUUUGAACCAUACGAACAGGACAAUCGAGUACAGCGAAGCGUUCGAGGAAGAGCUGGAUAAGCGGAAAAUCGUGCCGUAUGUGGAAAAUCACACGGCGGAUUAUACAAUCGCACGAUUUCAGACUACUAAAAACUUGGAAAAUAGAGCGAGAGAUGAUUCGACAUUGAUAGAUGAUCUGAGGUCGGAUGUUGUUAGGGAGAAUCCUGAUAAGAACGUAAAGAACUUAUCUCAUAGUCGAGAGGAUCAUGCUGGCUCCAUAAAGGCCUUCUCAAUUGAUCUAAAAGAGACAUUUAGAGAGGGACAACGUGAUGGAGAUAAGCCCGCGAACAUUUUGACCUCCACUAUAAUGGAAGAGGACGACACAACAAAAAAUACCGCUGUAAAAUCUCUCGCUGUAUUAGCUGCGGAUAAUGUUCUGGUCUUCGAGUGGGUUACGACCGAUUGGUCGAAGUGUUCUCAAACUUGCGGAGGAAGUGGAUUCCAGAUGCGAGGUGCACAGUGUACAGUUCGAUCGACGAAAACAGAUGGCAACUUCACGCACGUUUCGCCAAGAACGGUAAUCGGUCAGACAUUGUGUGAGGACGCCGGAUAUCCAGUACCGCAGAAGGUGAAACCCUGCGGAAUGGGCAAAUGCCCUCAAUGGCAUGUCACGGAAUGGACUCCGUGUGAAACGUCCAGAUGCUUCAAUUGGAAAACAGCAAUGCAGAAACGAGACAUUAGCUGUCGUCUGGUGCACGAUGCUAAGGAUGGACACGAAAACGUCACGUUGUUAGACACGAGUAAAUGUGACGAGGCUACGAGACCGCUACAAAGACAGGAAUGCUACAAUGAUGCUUGUAAGGGUGUUUGGAGGGUCGGCGAAUGGACUGAGUGCACUGCAUCUUGUGAAGAAGACGGUAUCAAAUAUAGGAUUUUACAAUGUGUCUGGUUUGGUACAAAGAAGCCAGCGGGAAAUGCUUGUAGAGAUAUACCACGACCUCCUGUAAUGAAAACAUGCAGGGGUCCGCCUUGUCCUCAGUCUACCGCAUUUGUAGAAGAUUGCAAGGAUCACUUGCCACUGUGCAGAGUGAAAACCAUAAACAUAUGUAAGGUGCCCCUGUAUAAGAAACAGUGCUGCGUAUCGUGUCGCUAGAUUCGAGAUAUUGAUUGUAAAUGACUCAUUGUGAGGAUUAGACAAAAUGAACGCUAAUGAAGAGUGUGCAAAAGACAGAGAGUGUAAAUCGUGAUUAGUCGAAUAAUUACUUCGUAACAUAUAUAAAUGCACCCGGGAUGCCUGUUGUUAGUAAAUUAUGUAACGCACGCGGAAGGAGCGGCUCACUGUGGAAUAAAAUUGCACAGUAUUACAAUGUCCGAUUUAUAGAUUAAAAUACAAGUAUCCAAAAGUUGACCAAAA